CAUAGAUUACCACUUUGUUAAUCCGUUAUCUGUGUUAACAAAAGUCAGAUUAUUUAGGUUAUAAUUUUUAAAUUCUAUCCACAGUACUUAUAUAUGUUGUAUGAAUACCCUUUAAUUUUAUUACUAUGCCACCUAAAUCCACAAGUCAUUUACUAAAACAACUUCGGGAGUUGAUGGUUAACAAUAAAUACACAAAGGAACCUCUUCAUGCUUACAUUAUUCCGUCAAGUGAUGCUCAUUCAAGUGAAUAUGUAGCUGACUGUGAUCAGUUUAGAGCUUUUAUCUCAGGGUUUACUGGUUCUUCAGGAACUGCGGUAGUAACUCACGAUCGCGCCUGUCUUUGGACUGAUGCCAGAUAUUAUUUACAAGCAUUUCAGCAACUAGAUGAAAAUUGGACAUUGAUGAAGGAAAGUGAACCAAGUACUCCUUCUCUUCCUGUAUGGUUAUCUAAAAAUCUUCCAAACGGUUCGAAUGUUGGAGUUGAUCCUAGGCUUUUUAUGUUAUUCACGUGGAACACUUUAAAGAGACAACUUGUUAAAAAUGGCCAUAAUAUUAUUCCCGUAUUGACAAACUUGACUUCAAUUAUUUGGCCAGAGAGGCCGAUAAGACCAACUAAUAAAGUUUUUCCUUUGGGAAUAGAAUAUACAGGUAAACCAAUAUCAGAAAAACUUGAAUGUAUUGUACAACAUAUGAAAGAAAAAAAUUGUACAGCCUUAGUCAUAUCAACUUUGGAUGAUAUAGCAUGGACACUCAACCUGAGAGGUUCAGAUAUAGACUAUAAUCCCUUAUUUUUUGCAUAUCUUGUGGUUAAACAGAGUCAAGUAGCAAUUUUCAUCAAUUUGAAUCAAUUGACUGCAGAGGUCAAUAAGCACUUGAUGGAUGAAAUGCGGCAAUUCACGUACAGUAUACAUCCCUACGAGGAAAUUGACGAAUAUCUGAAGAAAUGUGAGAAAGAAAAAGUAUGGUUUGCAGAUAAUAUCAAUUAUUUUUUAAAUAGUCUAGUUCCAAAGGAAAAUCAACAUAUCGAGAUAAUUCCUACAACAUUGAUGAAGGCCGUUAAAAAUCCUGUUGAAGUAGCUGGAAUGCGAAAUGCGCAUAUCAAAGAUGGGGCAGCUCUUUGUUGUUAUUUUUCCUGGUUAGAAGAGAAUGUACCUAAAGGAGGAGUAACUGAAUUAUCUGGAGCAACAAAGUUGGAAGAAUUCAGAAAAUUGCAGCAUGAUUUUAUAGGCCUCAGUUUUCCUACUAUUAGCAGCAGCGGACCCAAUGGAGCAAUAAUUCAUUACCAACCCACUGAAGCAAGUGACAGACGCAUUACAACAGACUCCUUAUAUUUGUGUGAUUCUGGAGCUCAGUUCAAAGACGGAACUACUGAUGUAACAAGAACUCUACAUUUUGGAACACCUACAAGCUACGAGAAGGAAUGUUUUACAAGAGUUUUGAAAGGUCAGUUGAAACUUGGAAACGCAAUUUUUCCAUGCAAAAUUAAAGGCAAUUACUUAGAUUCAUUUGCUAGACAGUAUUUGUGGGAAGUAGGAUUGGACUAUGGCCAUGGAACAAGUCAUGGAAUAGGAUCCUUUCUGAAUGUGCAUGAAGGGCCAAUGGGUAUUUCUUAUAGACCUUACCCGGAAGAUCCAGGUCUUGAAUCCAACAUGUUCUUAUCUAAUGAACCUGGUUUUUAUGAAGAUGGUAAUUUUGGUAUAAGGAUUGAAGACAUAGUUCAAAUAGUACCUGCUUGUCCACCUUAUAAUUUCAAGAACCGAGGGUUUUUAACCUUUGAAACCAUUACCUUAUGUCCUAAGCAAACGAAGUUGAUCAAUAUUGAUUUAUUAACCGAUCAGGAAAUUGAGAUACUGAACAAAUAUCAUCAACAAUGCAGGGAUAUCCUCGGGCCCGUUUUAGAGAAACAGGGUCAAAUUCAAGCAAUAAAUUGGUUAUGGAAAGAAACAAUACCAAUUCAAAGGGUACCUGUUCAAAUUAAUUAGUGUUUCAAAUUUUUCCACGUUAUGAUUCCUUACCGAUCAUCUCAUCUCAUCUCAUCUCAUACCUUUUGCCAAUUCAAUAUUUUGUUAUCAUGUUAUAGUAGUAGAGUUGAAAUUUACCAGUUGGGUAAUUCAAGCACAAAAUGUAUAUAAACCAAAAAUUUCACGCCACCAGUUUAUUGUAUAGUGAUUUUCUAUUUAUGAUAAUGCAAUGGGAAGUAUUUUAAUUAAAAUUUUACAUAAAAAUUCUAAUUGUAUCAUGUAUUCUUGAUUAUAAUUAUUGUCUGAUUAACUGUGAAACCUGUGAAAUUCUUCAAUAUUUAAAUUAAUCAUCUUGUUCUUGACCAAUCUUCUUGAAUUUAAAACUGAAAUGCAAUAACUACAAAAUUUAUAUGACAAGGAAGUGAAUAGAAAUGAUAAUCCGAAGGAAUUGGUUUUUACAUUUUUAUGUUGUUGUGCAAUCAUUGAUUUCUAAAUAAUUUUAUCAGUUACUUGUACUUCAUUAUACAAAUUCUCAUUUCUAUAUUGCCAAUAAAUUAUUUGCAGACUUAUCAAAAAAUUAUUCCAUUUCUUAGAAAUACUAGUUAUAAAUUCCA